AUGUUUGAGGAAUUCAUUUCAUAACUUGGCACAAUCAAAAAUGCUGAAAUUCCUUUUUAUUUUAGAAAUCAAUUUAAAAUCAAAGAAAAUUUCAUUAAUCCAAACAGCAAGUAUUUCGAUGGUAUUGUAUAAAAGUAAGAAAUCAAUAUAUAAAAACAACAGAUUGAUUUAAGAGGAAAAGUAAGGUAUAAAGAGAAAAUGGGAUAAGUAAUGUAAAAUGAUGUUCAUUUGGGUAUUAAGCAAGUAUUUUCAAAACAAAAAUCAAAAAACCAUCAAUCCAAAUAAGGAGGAAUGGCUUGAGUUAUCUAGUAUCUUAAAAACAGAUGAAACUAUCCUCAAAUAAAGAUGGAUUACCCUAAUAAAUCCUGUAUAAAAGAGUAUAAAUUGGGAUUCUUAAGAGGAUGACAUAAUCCGUUCAUUAAUGAAGUAAAAAUGAAUAAAUCAAUAUAGUGAAUAAGAUGAGAAACAUAUAUGGACAUUUAUUGCUUUAGAAUUGUAUAAUAAAAAUGGUGGUCAAUUUAUUAGAACUCCUAAAUAAGUUAGAGAAAGAUGGAUGAAUUAUCUAAACCCUAAAUUGAAUAAGUAAAUAUCAAAAUUUAUACCUUAGAGCAAAUUGGACAUAGAAAGAAGAUAUUUAAUUAUUAACUAAUAUAGUAAAUCAUGGUAAAAGAUGGUCUUAAUUAUCAACUCUUUUAUAAGGAAGAACUGAAAAUCAAGUCAAGAAUAGGUAUCCCAAUUUUAAAUAAAUUAAGAUUCAAAAGCUUAAUGUAGAAGAUAUACAAAGAUGAAGAUGAUGAAGAAUUAGAUGAGAUUUAAGCUAUAUAAGAUUAUCUAAAGAAAUUAGGAGUAUAUUCUGAAGAAUUGGCAGGAGAUCCUAUUAUUUAAAAAAAACAAUCUUUCUAAAUAUAGAAGUAUAAAACAAGAAAACCUCAUAUUUAAGUUAAACAUCCUAAAAAAACAACUAGGAAAAAGAAAUUAAUUAAAGCUCAUCUCAAAACCUUAAAAUAAUAAUCAGAAUCAAUUAAUUAAGAAUUCAUUAUUUAAAAUAAUUUAAUAAAUUAAAAAGAAAAUAAUGAAUAUAAAUCUAAUGUUUAAGUAUCAAGUCAUCCAAAUGAAUUUCAAUAAUUAGAUUAAAAAUAAUAAGUAUAAUAACAAACCUAGAUUUCUGAUAUCAAUAGUACUUAAACACCAAGUACUUUAAAUAAUUAUUUCUUACCUUAUAAUCAAUAACCAUAUUAAUUGGAAUUUUAAUAAUAAAAUUAGAAUUAAUUGAUUUAUUAAAGUUAUAGAAAUUAAAUGGAAGAAUUUUAACAAUAUUAAUACAAAUUUAUGAUGGAAUAAUAUAUGAAAUAAUUUUAAUCCAAUUAUAAUGCUAUAUCACCUAUUUCUAUGAUAAAUUAAACUCCCAUGACUUAUACACCUACACAAUAAUAUCAAUUUUAUUACAAUACAUUUACAUCACCAUAAUGGAAUUGUAGUACUAAUUAAGAUAUCAAUUCCCCUAAAUUUUAAAAUUUCUAUUGGUAAAAUCAAUAACAAAAUUAUGAUUAAUUUUAGAAUGAACAAAUGAGAUAAAUCCAAUAUGUAUUAAUAAUAAUUUAUUUUAGAAUCAUAAAUUAGAAUUCUUAAAUUCGAAUAGCCUUGUAGAUGAUUGGAAAAGAAAAAGAGUUAAUUAGAAGUAAAAUUCAGAAUUUUAAUUUAUGGGUUCAAUAGAUUAAUGA